AUGGAUUCAGCCAGCCAGCAAGCCUUCCAGAAUGAGGUCACUUGCACCAUUUGCCUGGACUACUUCAUAGACCCGGUCACCAUUGCCUGUGGGCACAACUUUUGCAGGCCCUGCCUCUUCCUCUGCUGGGAAGAAGGCAAAGCACCAAUGCGUUGUCCUGCCUGCAGAGAAGUAUCAGAGAAGUCCGACUUCAAAACCAAUGUGGCCCUCAAGAAGCUGGCGUCUCUUGCCAGACAGACCAGAGCUCAGAGAAACAUCGACAGCUCAGACAAGAUCUGUGUACAACAUGAAGAGACCAAGGAGCUCUUUGGUGGGGCUAAAAAGAGACUGUGUAGGCCCAGCUCUGAGUCACUGGAGCACCUGGCUCACAGCCACAGCCCAAUAGGAUGGGAUGCGGAAGAAUGCAGGGAGAAACUCAUAAAGGAAAUGGACUAUUUAUGGAAAAUCAAUCAAGGAACACAAAACGAUCUAAAUCAGGAAAUUCGCAAAACUCAUUCAAUAGAGAAUUAUGUGAAUUUAAGGAAGGCAAUAAUCAAGAUUCAAUAUCUAAAGAUGCAUGAAUUUCUUGAAGAGGAGGAACGACUUCAUCUGCAAGCACUGGACAGAGAAGGAAAAGAGCUUUUCCAACAACUGCAAAGCAGUCAAGUGAGAAUUGCCGAGCAUUUAGGAAGGAUGAAAGACAAGUACAGAGAGCUGUGGGAGAUGUGCCACAUGCCUGACACAGAGCUGCCCCAGAAUAUGGGAAAUGUAUUGGCAAGUACUGAUUUGGCACACAUGCAAAAGCCCCAGCUGGUGAACCCAGAGCUUACUUCAUGGGGCAUAACUGGAGUCCUAAACAUGCUCAACAACUUCACAGUGCAUAAUGCUCUGAAUAGAGAAAUGACGCCCUGCUACAUGAGCCUUUCUGAGGAUGUGAGACAAGUGAUAUUUGGAGAUGACCAUCGCAGUGCACCCGUGGAUCCCCCGGGAGUGGAGAGCUUUGCCAUGUGGGGAGCUCAAGCAUUCUCCUCCGGCAGGCAUUACUGGGAACUGGAUGUGACCGGCUCUUCCAACUGGAUUCUGGGAGUCUGCAAAGAUUCCAGGACAGCAGAUACCAGUAUCAUUAUUGAUUCUGAUGAAAUGUUCUUUUUAAUUUCCUCAAAGAGUAGCAAUCAGUAUAGUCUCUCCACCAGCAGUCCACAUAUAGUUCAUUAUGUGCAAAGGCCUCAGGGUCGGGUUGGGGUGUUUCUGGAUUAUGAGAAUGGAGCUGUGAGUUUCUUUGAUGUUUAUCAAGGUUCGCUUAUCUAUGGUUUUCCUCCUUCCUCCUUUUCUUCCCCUCUGAGGCCUUUCUUUUGCUUAGGUUCCAGAUGA